AUGUCCGCCACAGUCCCAGGCAUCCUCACAACCCCCACAGUAGUAACAUUCGUGAUCCCCGGUAUAGAAACACUCACAACCACCCUUCCAUCGGGGUACAACUACGAGAGCGCAACAUCCGCCUUCGCCUCCCUCACUUCCAAACUCGCAGCAGCCGCAACAGCGACGGCGACAUCCUCCAACUCCCACCGACUCGCUAACUCUGUAUGGCCAUAUGUUCCCUCGUUCCCUGUCGCUCUUAUCGCCGUCAUCCUGUAUGCCCUCGUGACGGCGCUCCUCAUCGCUAGGAUGUUCCAAUACAAAGCCUGGUGGUUCGUCGCCCUUAUUCUAGGAGGGAUCAUGGAGACCCUCGGGUUCGGAGCAAGAGCCCGCAACACGCAAGACCUAAACAACGAGUCCCUCUACAAGAUGCAGCUCUGCUGUACCAUCCUAGCACCCAUUUUCACCGCUGCUGCAGAAUACAUCCUCCUAGGCCGAAUAAUGGGGUACGUCGGCCGGCGCUUCUCCCUCCUUAGACCAGGCCUCAUCUCCUGGAUAUUCAUCAUCUCCGACGCUGUGAGCUUCCUGAUCCAAGUCGGGGGCGCAGCGGCGCUCCUCGCGAGGCCGGAUCUCAAUUCCCAGAGCACGCCUUCCCAGAUUCAGCGUGCGCAGAACCUCCUCAACUUGGGGGAUAAUGUACUCCUCGCGGGGUUAGCUGUUAACUUGGCAAGUUUUGUCAUCUUCGUUCUCCAGGUACGUUCCUACUCCAUUCCCUGCGCAAACACUCAUCCCCGGCAGGUAACAUACUUCGACUACAAGACCCGUACGCAAUGUGCCAUCACCGGCCCCUGGCGCACGCUCCUCUACGCCCUCUACGUCAGCACUGUCCUCGUCCUGAUUCGGCAAGUCUACCGAGUGAUCGAGUUCUCCCAAGGCUGGUUCGGCUUUCUCCCGACGCACGAAGGUUACUUCUAUGGCCUGGACUCGCUUGUCAUCCUCCUCGCUUCUGCUGUCUAUAUCUGGUAUUGGCCGGAUAAGUAUAUUCCCGGGGAUCGGCAUAUGCGUUUGGGAGAGAAUGGGACUGAGUGGAGGGAGAUGACUAAGAGGGAAAGGAAGGCUCAGGCGCUGGAGGAGGCGGGUAGGAAGGCCAGCAGUGGGGAGGUGAGCGUGAGGGAGGUGAAGGACGGGGAUCUAGAGUAG